CCAUUGAUAAACUUGUUGAGUUAAAAUCCAACAAAACAUCAAAUCGGGGAAUGUAUCGAUUUUCUAAAAAGAAAGGAUCUUUGCAAAAUGGCAGUCGCAGCACUAGUCCUUAUCAUCAGGAUUCUGAUGACUCGUUGGAGGAAAUGCCUCUGUCGCCUCCUCGUCUCUCUCCGGUAUCUGCUUCUCCUGUCGCCUCUCCAUCUUUGCCAUCAUCAUCUCAAAAACGAAAAGUUGGUCGUCCUAGGAAACAUACGGAUAACAACUUCAAUAAUCUUACGGAAACUUUAGUCUCAAAAACUCCUAGAGUUACUUCUAAAAAUAAUCUAGUCGGCUUAAUAAUAAGUAGUAAAACUCAUCAAAACUUACGCUUCAAAUGUGAUAAAAGCUCAGUCAGCAGUGAAAAAUGCUUCAAGCAGACUCUAAGUCGUGAUGGUUCGCCUGUAAAUAGGCUGAGUGGGACUUCAAAGAUCUCCUCUAGCAUCUCGAGUGAUCACGACGAAGAGUAUAAACCAAACAAAAUUCGUCCAAAACUAAAAGCUGAA